UGCGCGCCGCUGCUCGCCUGCCUGCCUGCCUCCUUCUCCUCGGCUGGGGCGAUAGUUGGGUCCGUUCGAGAGAGCAGCACCAGCCCUGUCCUUCCUUUCCAAUGGUUCAUCAUCCCGCCGGCAGCUGACCAACUGCACCGCAUCUGAAGCGAAGGGAGGGAUUGCAGGACAGGCCAUUGUUUUCAGGAGUGCUCUACGCUAGUCAGGCAUGGCGCAGACUAACAGCUAUGGACAGAGCAGCAAUGGAGUAGCGGAUGAAUCUCCGAACAUGCUGGUCUACAGAAAGAUGGAGGACAUCAUCGCUCGAAUGCAGGAAGAGAAGAAUGGCAUCCCCAUCCGCACGGUCAAGAGUUUCUUGUCCAAGAUCCCCAGCGUUUUUUCAGGUUCUGACAUCGUGCAGUGGAUGAUCAAAAACCUAAACAUCGAUGAUCAAGUUGAGGCUCUUCACCUGGGAACAUUGAUGGCUGCUCACGGCUACUUCUUCCCCAUCUCAGAUCACGUGCUCACACUGAAGGACGAUGGAACAUUUUACAGGUUUCAGACUCCAUACUUUUGGCCAUCAAACUGCUGGGAACCAGAAAACACAGACUAUGCUGUUUACCUCUGCAAACGAACAAUGCAAAACAAAGCCAGGCUGGAGCUUGCUGACUACGAGGCUGAGAGUUUAGCGCGGCUACAGAGGGCUUUUGCACGGAAAUGGGAGUUUAUAUUUAUGCAAGCAGAAGCACAAGCUAAGGUCGACAAGAAGCGAGACAAAAUCGAGCGGAAGAUCCUGGACAGUCAGGAGCGGGCGUUUUGGGACGUGCACAGACCCGUGCCCGGCUGUGUGAAUACGACGGAAGCCGACAUCAAAAAAUCCUCCAGGAUGAAACAGCCUCACAAAACGCGGAAGUCAGUGUACGGUCUCCAGAAUGACGUCCGCAGCCACAGCCCCACACACACCACCACACCUGAGGUUAAAGAGCCCACUGAGGAGGAGCUACACCAGCAGAUACAGUAUUGGCAAGCGCAGUUGGACAGACAUCGGUUAAAAAUGUCAAAAGUAGCUGAAAGUUUGUUGAGCUACACAGAACAGUAUAUGGAGUAUGACCCUUUCUUCACCUCGCCAGACCCCUCAAACCCCUGGAUCUCCGAUGACAAUACACUCUGGGAGCUGGAAGCCAGUAAGGAGCCGGGUCAGCAGAGGGUGAGGCGGUGGGGAUUUGGGUUUGAUGAGGUUCUGAAGGAUCCCGUAGGGAGGGAACAGUUCCUGAAGUUUCUGGAAUCCGAGUUCAGCUCAGAGAACCUGCGGUUCUGGCUGGCUGUGCAGGAACUGAAGAAGCGGCCCAUUCGUGAGGUGCCCAGCAGGGUGCAGGAGAUCUGGCAGGAGUUCCUGGCCCCCGGAGCCCCCAGCGCCAUCAACGUCGACUCCAAGAGCUACGACAAAACCACCCAGAACGUCAAAGACCCCGGCAGAUACACUUUUGAAGACGCUCAGGAGCAUAUCUACAAGCUGAUGAAGAGCGACUCGUACAGCCGCUUCAUUCGAUCCAGUGCCUACCAGGAGCUUUUGCAGGCCAAGAAAAAGAAGAGCAAGAACCUAUUCUGAAGAAGUGGCUGGGACAGCACAUCUACGUCAGCCAGGCUGCCAAAUUUUGUGCAAUCAUGCUCAAGUUCCACCACACUUCAGCUGGGGAAGAGGACCGUGUGUACAUUAUUGUAAUCUACUGUUCUCCAUUACUAAAACCCACGGCAGUAGACCAGUUGUUGCAUGUCUGAUAAACUGAGGUACUGUACUUAAAAAAGACUGCUCUUUAUUUUCUUUCCAUCCUUCAUCAUCUUUCUGUGAUGAGGCACUUUGGACUUUUUUUCCACAGACUUGAAUUUGCGCACAUGCCUUUCCAAAAAAGAAACAAAAAAAAAAAAGAAAGAAAAAGCCAUUUGCCCAGUUACAUCCUUAGUUACACAUAUCAGCUGUAGCUGUCUGCUGUGAACUGAGAAUAGUAAUAAAGUUAAAUCUAUAAAAUCUACAAAAGCUUAGUAACAAUCUCAGUUGGAAUCCUUUUUUUUCACCAUCAUAUGAACGAUCCUUACAACAACACGCAUCACGUUUAAUUUCCCUUGUUGCACUACCGAGUUUAACACAGAUGCCACUGCAAUUGUAAAGUCACAUUUGAAUGAGGAGCUGUAUCUUCGUCUUACGUCGUUGACUUGAAAAUGCUUUUAACGUGUCUCAUUUAUUUUUAUACUAUAUUUAAGGAUAUGUUGAUUUGUUAUCUGUAUAUUAGUCUUUUUUGUUGUUUCAUUUUUUGUAAAUAUCUGUAAAAAUCCCGGGUAAGCAGGGAAGGACAAAAUAGAAAAGACAACUUAAACAAAUUAAGGACAAAAACAUAUUUUUAAUCCUUCUUCCACCCUGUUACAUGUUAUUUUUGUUAGUGAAAAGAUUAACCAAACAAAAGCUGUUGUGAACAUGUCAAAUGACACUAUCACUGCCUCUAAGUUGGAAGUCUUUGGAUCACUUGUGAUGUGCUUAUGGCGUAUGAAUGAACUUAUUUGUAUGAUGUUUUUAGUUGGGGUUUAUGAGUUUAUGAACAGGUAAUGUACAGCACAUGUGGAAUGUGUUGGCAAGAACCUCAUGAAUGAGUUACACGACUGCAGUAUGUUGUUCAGUAAUGUAUACGUGUGUAACAUAUCACUGCGGUCAGUUUUUUACAUAAUUUGAAAAUACCUGUAGUCCUUUAAAUUGUAUGUAACUUUCAUGAUGAAUGCACCAAAAGAAAUGACCCAAAAUGACUUGGAAAAAUGUCUGGUUCCAUUGAUUUGCACUAAAAGUAAAGUAAGUUUUUUCCUUCUCCUGUAAAGUUACCAUUUUGGACAUACAAGGUUUUGUUCUGUCCGCAGCGAUAUGUGGUGUUUGUGCUGGUGUGGGUGUUGCUGAACACUGUGGAUGUUGGUUUGGUUGGAUGUGCAGUGGUUGGUGUGUAUGGAUGAGGAUAUACGCUGCGGUUGUUUGUGUAAGAGGUUAAGUAAUGUUAGAAUUUACACUCACCAUCCACUUUAUUAGUAACACAAAUUUUAACAAUUUAAGCAAAUACAGUGGACAAUAAGACUUAAAAAUAAUGUAAUUAAAUGUCACUAAGCCCAACAAAAACAGAAAUUAAAAGGAAUAAAAAUUGGGAAAAGCCAAUAUAAAAUAAAUAAAAGCAAAUACAAUAAAUAAAAUGAGGCAAUAAGCAAAGGCAAGGUCUUUUAACUUAGCGACACUUAAGCAAUCCUUAUGUGCUAACUUAAGAGGUCUCUAAGGCUCAUGGACCAAACCACGUAAUGCUUUAAAGGUAAUUUGUACAAGUUUUCUUCCCAAUUUCAUUGUGUCCAGUUCCACCCACUAGUUAGGGUCUCCCCCAAUCACACAAUCCCACCUCCAAGUCAUGUGAAACCAGCCACUUUUCGAACUGCUGCUAACGCCACGUUACUGAACAGCUGAACACAUUUGGAGGAGAACGCUAACCGCCAGUUCUGUUAUGUCAGCUAACAGACGGCUGCAUUGGCUAGCAUUGCGUUGAAUGACCAUCCUACCCACCCAGAGAGAGUGAGGCCAAUUGUGAUCUCUUGAACUCCUAGCCAUGGAUGGCGCUAGUAUCAAACUCACAAUGUCCUGAUGAUAGGGCCAAUGCCAUAUAUAUUAUUUUCAGACUCUGCAAAAGAUAAAAUUAGCUUUGCCUUGUUCCUAAACUGAUAGUAAUAUGAUUGUACCAAUUGUUUUCACAUGUUAGUUUAUUCUUAGGUCUUUGGCAAAAAUCACACCAAGGCUUUUGGCAGCUGGAGUUCCAAGAGCAAAUCUAGCACGAUUAGAAAAAGACUGAGACCCAAUAUUGAGAUUUUAAGUCCAAGUAUUCGUUGGGAACAGUAAACAUUGGGUUUGAAGGGCAGCUUUGUAUGUCGUCAGCAGAGAAAUAAAAUAACAAAUCAUGACCCAAAGGUAACAUGUAUAAAGAGAACAAGAUAGGAUCAAGGAGCCCUGAGGGACAUCACAUGUUACUUUACCAGAGAAGAUAUAUAAUCUGAUUUUCAAGAGCCCUCUACCCCUUCUAUUUGUGGGACCAGAUAUUAUUUGGGACCAUUCUCAGCAAAGAAGUAACACUAACAUAGUAGUAUGUUUGCUGGUACGAGUGUAUCAAGCACAGUUGCUGUGUUUAUGUCUAGCUUAGUUACUGCUAAUAAACAGCAGCAAGGUGUAGCUACAAAGCAGAGGUCAUUAAUACAGUGGCUGGUGAGUGUAUUGGUUAGUAUGUAUGAGCAGAUGUUCAUUUUACUAAUGCAUGGAUGUGUAUGGUAUGGGUUGGAGGAUAUUGCUGGAUGUAUGCAAUAUGUUGGUGGAUACUGCAUAGAUACUGCUGUAUAAUUUUGGGUUAUGCAUUUUUAUUUUUAUUUCUUUAUUCUUACCUGGUCUUUUUUUUCUGACAAAACAUGAUUCACAAUUGUGCAGUUUUUGCUAAAGAAAAUAACAUAGGGAUGGUGACUGGAUUGGCUGAGAGGUUGAAGAAUGUGAGUAGAUUUUGUUUUAGUGUAUGGGUGGAAUUGUGUAUGUAUUGUUGGGUAAUGCACUGUGCAAGGUCACAUUCUUUGCUCUAUUGUUACUCUCAGCACACCUCUGUCAGAUAAAAAGAAUGAAAAACAAAAAAGAUAUUGUAACAAUAUAGUAAUCGAGGCAGCUAGUAGGGAUAAUCCCUCCCUCUCUUUCAAAGAAAAAGCCAUAAAUAUAAGGUUUUUUGGCAUUCACACCGUUUUACUUUGAAGUUAACAAAUAACUAGAGGCUAUUAUUUUAGAUCUGUGGACCUGAGAACAAUGGCUUUAAAAGAAGAUCAUAAGAAAAAUAUGAAUUGAUAGAUAUGUGGGUCUGGUUUAAGUCUAGACUUAGGAUCCCCCAUUUUUGCUGCCCAUUUGGACUAAUGUUUUUAAGCUUGUGAUGCUCAGCUCCACCUUCCUUCUAUCUGCAGUCAAUACUAGUAAGGGUGGAAUAGUCCAGUUCUAAAAUCUGAUUGGCUAAGACAUAUUUAACUCACUGCAACCCGACUCUAAAAUACUAACGCUAAAAUGUCAAAACUUGCAAUGUGUGAAACAUUUAUAAGGCUACAGAGAACCUAAAUAAGAUUUUCAUAGCAAAUGACAAAUCUAUGUCUUUAUGACUACUGUUGCUCGUUGAAAUAAGCCA